AUGGUCGUCCUCGCAGCGUCGAUAUGCACCCGCGGGGGCAAGGCAGUCCUCUCGCGUCAAUUCAGAGAAAUCGCUCGUUCCAGAAUUGAAGCUCUUCUCGCAUCCUUCCCUAAGCUAGCUGACUCUGGAACACAACAUACGACCGUGGAGCAAGAUAAUGUCCGCUUUGUCUACCAGCCCCUGGAUGAGCUAUACAUCGUCCUGAUCACAAACCGCCAAUCCAAUAUUCUGCAAGAUAUCGACAGCCUUCACCUUUUCGCCCAAGUCACCACCAGUAUCUGCAAGAGCUUGGAUGAAAGAGAGAUUGUGCGCAAUGCGUUCGAAUUGCUCAGUGCGUAUGACGAGCUGGUGACGCUAGGAUACAGAGAGAAUCUAUCGCUUUCUCAGAUCAAGACAUUUUUGGAGAUGGAGAGUCACGAGGAGAGAAUUCAAGAGAUCAUCGAGCGGAACAAAGAAUUGGAGGCCAGCGAGGAGCGCAAGAGGAAGGCCAAGCAGCUGGAAAUGCAACGAAAGGAGGCCGCCCGGAGCGGUCGUUCUAUGGCGCCUCGGACUCCAUCCUACCCUGUGUAUACGCCUCCAUCCCGCCCUGCUGUGCCCGAAACAUAUGACACCUACGAGGCAGAGAAGAAGAAGACCUUCGCUAAGCCGUUACCUGUCCGUGGCAAAGGUAUGCAGCUCGGCAAGAAGUCGAAAACUACCGAUAUUUACGAGAAAGUCCGUGGCGACUUGGGCCCCGAGGCAGAGGAGGCCACCCCACUGGUGACCCCGCAGGCAUCGACCCCCGUUGCCGACACAGUUUCUUCCGCUCGUGCGUCGCUGUCUGGGGAUCGUGAACCCGUUCAUGUGACAAUUGCCGAAACUAUCUCCGCUACACUUACCCGGGAGGGAGCCCUUAGGUCGUUUGAAGUGAAGGGUGAUUUACAGCUUCGCAUUACCGAUCCCUCUUUCACCAAAGUCAGACUCGACCUCCUUGCAGUCCCCACGCAUGGCGCGCAGUUCCGCACCCAUCCAAAUGUUGACAAGGCUGUCUUCACAAACGACUCCGCUAUCCAGCUAAAAGAUACCACUAAGCGAUUCCCAGCCAACAACUCGAUUGGUGUUUUGCGCUGGCGUGUCGCUAGCUCUGGGUCUGACAACGCUGAAAUACUUCCUAUCACGUUUACUGUGUGGGUCAACAAGGGCUCUGAUUCGACUACGGUCACGGUCGAGUACGAACUCACUGGCUCUGACAGCCUCCGGGAUGUUAUCGUUACUAUCCCCUAUCAGACGGCCGAGCCCGCGGUGUCUAGCUUCGACGCCGUGUAUGAAGUAUCUGGCGACAGUCUUGACUGGAACAUUGGCACGGUGGACGAGAGCAACGCAUCCGGAAGCUUUGAGUUCGAGUCGAGUGGUGAUGGCGAUGAAAACGAAUUUUUCCCGAUGAAUGUACGCUUCUCCAAGGCCAGUCCUUUUGUGGAAGUCGAUGUCAAUGAGGUCUCUCUCUUAGAGAUGGAAGGAGAGAGCACCGCAUUCACCAAGGAUAUCAAGUGCGUUGCGGAAGGAUUUGUUAUUGAGUGA